AUUGUUGAACUCGAGACUGAUGAUUGAGAGAAACUGUAGAUGAUGAAGAUGAGAACCAAAUCCAUUCGGGUUAGGUCUUCGCGCAAAUCUCUCGAUCCUUCUAAUCCAUCCCUCGCUCCGCUUCCGGAUGAUGAAGCUAAUGAAAACUUUUGCUCUGGAGUGAUCAGCAACACACAAUGUGAUACCGAUGUUGAGAUUGUUCCUGAUACUUUUGAUGAAAGAGAUGUGCCACAUAAGAAGCGUCAUUGUCUUGGGACUAGUGUGACUACUGAUAGAGGAGGAUCGGUGGAGCCGCUGCUGGACUUGGAUGCUUGUAUUGUAUGUGAAGUUUCAGACGAGCGGGUAUCCCGUUGUUGUGGGGUUGACUGUCUUCUUUCGUUUCACGGGGAGUGUUUGUAUGCUGAGUUGGGUUCUAGUAGUAGCGAGGAUGUUGCAAAUCCAUUUUGUCCUUAUUGCUGGUUCAAGAUAGUUGCUCUGAAAUCCAAAACAUUGAGAGAAAAGACUGUUGAGGCAGAGAAGGCGGUCUUUAAGUAUCUAGAUAAAGAGAUGAAAGGCAGGAAUGGGGAUACAACCUUGUCUGGUGAUGCAAUUGGAAACCAAGAGCAGAGUACAGACAAAGGUGAUAAUUCAAGAGGUGAGAACAUGCUAUUAAUUGAGGAAAUCGAUCAACCAGGAGAGGAGAAAGGGAAAGUUGGUACUGAUAAAGUGAUCGACGAAGUUGGAGCAUCAGAGGACGAAGAGAGGGUAGCUACAGAAAACUUGCAAGACGCUGAAGAUGAUGACAAGGAUGAUGAAACAGCUAAAGAUCAAAGUACAAGAAUCCUGAAUACAGGUGCAGGGAAAAAGGGAGAUGUUUCUUCGUUUUUGUCUAUGCACGAAUCGUUUUCAGCAAAAGAACACAACCAUGUCCAACAGAAUGUGGUGCGAAGAAGAAGAAGAAGGAUAGAACUGAACACUAUUGAUAGUGAAAUCUCAUCAAAGGGAUCAAGUAAUGAACGAAAUGGAGAAGAUGUAACUGAGCAGGUAACUUCAUCGGUUCAAGUAACCUCCCCGUCAGGGAAAAUGAAGAACCAGCAGGCAACAACCAAAGUUGCGGCUAAGUCAAAGACAGUGAGGGGCAUUUCUUUCUUUAUGAAGGAUCAGAGAAGGAGGCUACUUUGGACGUACGAAGAAGAAGAGAUGCUAAAGGUGGGAGUGGAGAAGUUUGCAGCAGAUGCAAAGAAGAACAUGCCAUGGAGGAAAAUUCUGGAAAUGGGAGCGAAGGUGUUCCAUGAAACACGUACACCAGCUGAUCUCAAGGACAAAUGGAGAAACAUGCUCGGCGCAAGAGUAGGACCAGAAACGAACAAGGCAGCACACUAAAUCCUUACUGCUAUGUAAUCAAUAGUUAGUGUGACUCAUUUUGGAGAUGAAGCCAGACUUGGUGAAGUAAUGUGGGAGUUGAACUGUAUAAUAGACAAAAAUUCCUCCU